UUUGCCGUCUGUACUGCAUGAUUGCUACGUGACAGUGUACGUCUCAAUCUUAUAGUGUACUUGUUGUCUCCUGUGUAAUGUGUGAUGACAAAAUUAUUCUGCUCUAUGCAUUCGCUCAACUCGAUCGUUACACCACCAUCCAGGCCUGACGGUGUACCUUGUGCAACUUGAAGGUGGUGCAGCUGUACAUCCUUCUUGCCCUGUCAGCAGACCUUUUAAACUAAGUAGCACUGUAUAGAAAAACAGCAAUAGCAAUGGAUCUGGUCUUGCACACAGUAGACUACUACUUCCUGACUCCCUAUGUGUACAGCAAGGAUUGGCCAGAAGAUGACCCCUGGCGUCAGCUAAUCAGUUUAUUCCUCAUCGCAAGUGUUGGUGGUUAUUUGCUGUAUUUUGCAAUGGCCACCAUUAGUUUCUAUGCUGUCUAUGACCAACGUCUGCUGGAGCAUCCACAGAUUCUCAGAAACCAGAUACGUCGAGAAAUAAUAUGCACAGUAAAGUCAGUUCCUUUAAUGAGUAUUCUGACAGUGGCGGUCUUUUUUGUGGAAGUACGUGGGUACAGCAAGCUAUAUGACAAUGUUGGUGACUCACCUCUAGGCUGGUUUUGGGUAGUUCUGAGCUGUUUCACCUUUGUGGCCUUCACGGAUGCUUUCAUCUAUUGGAUACACCGUGGGCUGCACCAUCGCUCUGUCUACCGCUACCUGCACAAGACACACCACACCUGGAAAGUCCCAACCCCAUUUGCCAGCCAUGCUUUCCACCCAGUGGAUGGUUUUUUACAGUCAUGUCCAUACCACAUCUAUCCAUUUCUUUUUCCCCUUCACAAGGUUACCUACUUGGUCCUAUUUGUGUUUGUCAACUUCUGGACGGUAUCCAUACAUGAUGGGGUCUACAGCGUCCCAAAAUGUUUGCAGCCCUUUAUUAAUGGCAGUGCCCAUCACACAGACCAUCACCUCUUCUACAACUACAACUAUGGACAGUUCUUUACCCUCUGGGACCACAUUGGUGGCUCGUUCUGCAACCCAACUGCUUUUGAAGGAAGAGGGCCUCUCGAUGAAGUUUUAAAUAAGAAAAAAUUAAAGUGUGACUCUGAGAAGCAGGUGACAAAUGGAGACACAAAGAAAGAAAAUUGAUUUUCCCUGCUGGUGCUCAGAUGCAGAACUGUUUACAUUUUCGGAAGAAAUGUUAUGUGAAUAUUAUUUACACUGUAGUUUAUUGCUAUGUCUGUGGGGAAAGUAGUUUUAAUCAUUUUUUUAAAUUAUUUUAUGUGGAGAGGAUUCUUUAGAUGUUUGGUGUUGUGAUAAUAAUGAUUGUUUACUGAUUUUUUAUUAAGGACAGCAUGAUACAAUUAUGAUCUGAGUAAUUAAGCGAAGAAUACAGAUGAUAUUUUCCUAGAUGAAAAAUCUGUUGGGUUUCUGAAUGAAGCAGUAUUUUUUAAAGUGCAUUUCCCCUUUUAAAUGUGAGUCCAGUGCACUGCAGAUGAAUAAUUACAAAUACAUGUAAACCAAAAGUUCAUACAAGAAACAAAAGCAUUGGAAAACAGAUGACACCAUGCCAGAAAUAUGAGCUAAGUGCAUUGAUGAACUCAGGAGUGAGUGAAUAGUACUCCUAAUUAUGCAAGUUAUUGCUUAAAAGAUGGGUUUUGAGACUGGAUUUGAAAGCUUUGAACGUAGACACAGUGGCACAGAGAGAAUGGCAGGACAAUCAGACUGAAAAGACCAGAUUCAAUGGUAAGGCAAGAGUCAUUCAGACUAGUGUGCUGGGCAAGGCCGUGAAGACAAUGGUAGCACAGCAUGACGAUGUUUUCAUCUGCGUGAGUUUGGACUGGCAACCAGUGAAGCUCCCAGAGGAGGGUGUAGCAUGGUCUUCUUUUUGUCUGCAGAAGACAGUGAAACGGGUAUUAUUCUGAGCCCACUGAAAUUUGUCCAGUAGGUGGUUAAAGAGAUCAACAAAGUCUGACUCUGUGUCACAUGAAAAGUCAUUCUUUGUGAACAAUAUGUUAAUGAUAUAGUUCAAUAACCAUAGAGAUCUCAUUUACCCUACAGCUAGGGUACCAACAGGGUAUGUGUGCCUGUUUUGAAAGAUUGCAAGGUAACGGUCCUUUCAGAUAGAAAUUGCAUUAAAUACUUUAAAGAGCAAUAUUUUGGUAAGUUUUUUUUUUAUGCUAGCGUGGUCUGGGGAAUAAAUUUCAAAGUUUGGUGUGCAGCACUUUGGUUUUAAUUCUCCAUUAUGUAAAGAGUAAGAGAAGCCACUUUUGGUUGUAAAUGUUCUUUGUGGCCCUUCACAAAUGUAUGCACCAGCUCUAAAACAUUCCAUCCCAUAUUCCAACUGAAUGAAUUAGAGUUAGUAUGAAUUUAGUUAGUAUAGCAACUAACUUUGCCUUUGCCACCUCAGAAAUUAUCUGCCUUCCCACUUAAAACCAUGCACACUGCAAUGGAAGAAUCCACUGAGGCUUCUCUAAGAACCUGUGAUACCCUUUGCACUCUGUAGGAGCAUUUGGCGACUAGUAGCAAACAGAGUAUGUGCCACGAUUCUGGUAGAGAUCAGUGAUGAUAACUUAUUAGAAAUAGUAUAUGAUGCAAAGAAAAAUCCCCUCUAAUCCAAUAACACAGAUCGAUUAUUAGCCCAAAAAGAAAACAAAAACCCAAGGCAAGGUAAUCAUGAAAAGGAUUGUGUUGAAGUAGAGUGGAGAGGCUUUUCAUUAUCCAAAAAACUUACAAUAUUUAGCUUUGCUACAAUCUUUUGUUAAAUUUUCAGUGUCAUGUUGAAUACGUUCACUGUUAAUAAAACAGUAUUAUCAGGCACGUGCAACAACACAGAUCAGUGUAAUGGCUGCCUUUGCACGCUGCAGAGUUGAUAUGCUGAAUUGAACAUUUUUGUCAUGUGCUUCUUUUGUGCUUUCAAAUGUUUGUACCAUGCAAACAUGAGCGUCACUGGAAUUUCGCUAUGUCCUCGAUGAGCUAGAUGGUUCUUUUCUCCACACCCUCUCCUACAGUUUGAAAUCGUUUGCAAUAGGCCUUGUCUGUGCAUGUGGCAUGCUAUCUCCAGACAACUAAUGGGUGCCAGCUGGUGCUUGUGGUGUGCAGACUGUACCAAGCAGAAAUGUGAGUGCCUGCAGUGUGCGAGGCAGAAAGUUUGCCAUAUGCUUCUGAAGAAGCUUGUCUGAAACUUUCACCAAAAAUUUGUUCUGCAUAGCCAAAGCAUUACUUUAACUUAUUCAGUACCUAUGCCAAAGAAAUAGGAAACUUUUAUGUUCUCCUCUGAACAUAGUGUGAAUAGUAUUGUAUUCUAAUAUUCCGAUUUUCAAAGGUCACUACAGUUGUCAGUCAGCAGGAAUCAAAACCUGUCUACUGAUCAGUUUUAUUGCUGAUUAUUUUCUUAUGUGUUACCUGCUUUUGCACAGUUACUUGAACUUGGUUAAGCCAAGUGAUAUAAACCUGGUGGUCAUCAUGAGCAUAAACGUCAAGUUCAACAGUUGUUUCUUAACAUGUAUAGCUCUUUUGUUAUUGAAAAAUUUUCCAUGAAAAAUAUAGCUUGUGAAGCUGCAUCUUCACAUAUUUACUUGAAGGAAACAUUUUUGAAACAUUCAGAUUAUUGAGAAUAUUGUUUUAAAAGUAGUGUCUUUUAUAAAGUGUGAGUAUUUUGCAUGACACAAAGAUUAUUUUUUAGCUUCUGCUAAAGAUUUUUUCCCUGAACGCUUUCAUUCUCUUCCUGCCUGCUUGCAUGUUUUUUAUAAUAUGUAUUUGUGAUGUGUUAUUGUUUUGUAGAAUUUUAUGCUGAUCAGCAGCUUGAGUUAUCUCAGGGCUUAAACUAUGUUUUUGGUUUUAAAUCAAAAGUAUGAAAGCAUGGAGAAGAAAACAAAUAAAAUAUUGAUUAUGGGAGUAACAUAUGAAUGGUCUCAAACUUCCUUCUAAUGACUGAGAAAUCAAGCCAUUGUCAUCUGCCAUGGAAAAUGUAUCUUUAAUGACAAUAAAGUAACGGCACCUAACAGUUCAUCUGUACAUGUUUGCACUUUGGUUAUUAAGUUCAUAUGAAGUGAAUAAAGUGCAUGUAAUAUAAAUUCACAAAUUCUGUAUGUGUGUUUUUUAAAAAAAGGUCAUUAACUCAAGUGAGCAUUUUUUUAAACAGUACAAAGUACUCUGGAAGAUUUCUGAGCAUGAGUUUCAAAUUUUGGAGGCAUACAUAAAUGUAGUGUUCAUGCACACCUCUGUCGUUGAACUAAGAUGUGGAUGGGACACUUACUGAGAGGUCCCAGGUUGCAACAAAAAUCUUCCUCCUCCUCCCAAACAAACCCCCUAUAAAAUCCCAGCCAAAAAUAUUUUAGUCUGUAGCUAGUACAUAGCUUCCUAAACUACGGACAUAUAUAGGGAUUAUUUUGUGCCUAUACAGUUUGUAUCCUUGAACAUCUUCAUGAGAUUUUGUCAUGGGAUUAUUUAGGAAGGCAUUAAAAGUAACUGGUGUACUGUUUAUUUUUAGCUACAAUCUGAGGCUUGCUAGUUGUGAGUCAUGAGGAGUUGUCAUUAUAGAUAACAUCACUAGAUGUCUUUAUAGCAUACCUGGACUGUCUAAGAAAAAUCAUCGUGGGAUCACACAAGGAAAUCUGUCUCACAAGAAUAGUAACUGUCAUAGCUCAGGUAAUAGUACUAUCUGACUUCAAAGUGUUACUGAUGUUGGUGCUUAUAACCUAGGCAAUGUCCCACUUCACCUUCAGCCAAAUCUGUUGAAAGGUUGGCUGUAUGCAAUUAGUGUAGAACGCUGUGCUAUAGUAUCCCAACCAAAACAUCUUGUCAGCCAGUCUUUUAUGUUUUUGCGACUUGCUUAAAAUUUAUGCUCAUCCUGCUCACAUCAUUCAAUGGUAUGCAUUUGAAUAAACUCUUUUGAGAAAAAUAAACUGUCUCCUUUAUCAAUACCAAUCCACUUCUUACAUAAACUUGACAAGCACUGAUAGAAAUAAUUUUUUUUAACAUUAAUUCCAUGAAAGAAAGCACACAUACAAGUGCAGACAACACACUUAUACCUUUUUUUACAGACUUUUUUUUUUAAGGACACUUUCUUCCAGUCUUUUUCACUGUGGGUGGCACAUACAUUAUUCUCAGUUACCUUAACAGGUGGUUGCUUGCUGGUUGACACCCACCCCUCAACUUCCUUAGGAUUCUUUGUGCUGGGAAAUAGGGUCAGCAAUGAGGUAUGUGAUACAUUAAACUUAGAUCAGUGCCAAAGUGUCGUUUAUCAGAUGUACAGAAGCAUUAUUUCACUAGUUUUCUGUUGUAAGCAGUUGUAAAUGUUAAGUUCCUUGUGAUCGCUCUGCUUGUGCUAUUUUCCCAAUUGGAUGUUGAUCUUAUUUCAAAUAAGGGAUGAAAACACUUUUUAUCUGUUUUAUAGCUUUCCAUAAUGAAAGAUCAUGACCAUUGUUUGUAUAUGUGUGUGAAGUAGGUUUGUGGGGAAACUGAAUAAAUAAAAACAGAAACUGUGUAACAAAACAUUUUAUUUUAUUAGCUAUAAAGUACUAAUAAGCAAAUAAGCUGUAAGAAAAUGUCAUUUUCUGGGGAAAAAAUACAAAACCACAAUAUUCAGGUAAAUGAAAAUAAUGAGCAGUUUUUAAAAAACUGCCAUAACAACCAAUGUGUUUACACAGAUACUACUGAUACUUUAAACAUAUACCUGUUUGUUCAUAAGCUUAAACAAUCUCACAUACAAAAAAAUGUGAUCUUAUGAGUAAUGCUCUUGGAUAAUUAGAAGUGUAGACAUUUGCAAGAUAGCACAAAGUUUAGGAGAAAUGUAUGUGUUUUUUAACCCUCUCUUCUCUUCUGAUUUUAUACAUUGUAUGGUAGAAGUUCAGUUUUUUAAAUCUCAUCUCUUAUUAUAUAUUAUGCUAAGGCAGAGAUCAAUCAUCGUUCUGUUCCUUUACUCUUGGAAAUGUAGUACUAUUUUCUCUCUCGUUCACAAAGUAUUUUUUGAGCAUUUCAACAUCUGACAAAGCAGCUAAACAAAAAUAAAACUGGCUUUGUAUAGUAUUGCACAUACCUUAAAGCCUACAAAAGAAUAGACUUUGGAAAUGUGUUUACAGUUAAAAAAAGAAAAAGAAGAUUGAUAGAUCACAAUGAGUUCAAAUCAUUACAGAGAAACUGUCCACAAUCAGUGCCUAAGUAAAGAUAAAAUAAUAAUAUAAAAGUGUGGAUGCAGUAUAAUGUACCAUACCCUAAUGAAAGCAGUUCACAGGUUUGCUACAUAGAAAUAAUUCUCUUUUAAAGGCUGAGAUUUAUUCCAAUAAAUGAGAUACUGCAACUUGAACCAGACUUUGCCAAGAAAUAAAUAUGAAAAUAAAAGUAGUUCAAUAUUUCAUGAAAUAGUUUUUCUUCAAUGAGGUAUGAAAGAAAGUUAAAAAUUUUUGAAUGUAAAUUUUAGUCUGCAUGAUCACAAUUACUGCUAUUGCAACUUGCUAUGCAUCAGUGGGCUGUUAGCAGGAAAAUAUCACUUGAGAUUUCACAAAAUGCCUUCAGAAUAAAUCAAAAUAGUCUUUACUGAAGAAAAGCAACUUCAAAUCUCUAUAAACAUUGGGAGACAAAACUGAGUAACA